CUCCGGGGAGUCAACUUGGGAGGAUGGCUAGUCCUUGAAUCAUGGAUGGACUCCGAUGUAUUCACUGGUCAAUUCUCCAGCGCUUCUGACCAGUGGUCCUUCGAUUCCUUACCCGGCGCAAAGGAGGCGCUGGAACAACACUGGUCUACCUUCAUCACGGAAUCCGACAUUCAGACCCUUGCAUCAGCCGGAAUCAAUGCUCUUCGUAUUCCUAUCGGAUAUUGGGCCUAUGACAACACCAACACGCCGUAUAUUCAAGGCGCUGAUCAAUACCUCGAGCAGGCUAUUGAAUGGGCGAGAACCUAUGGUAUGAAGGUCUGGAUUGAUUGUCAUGGUUCUCCUGGAAGCCAGAACGGAUUUGAUAACUCCGGCCACGCUGGAAACGUCGCGUGGCAGGAGAGCAACAACUUGCAGCAGUCGAUCUCCGUCCUCAAGACCAUGGCCGCCAAAUAUGGGGCCAUGCAAUAUGCCGAUGUAGUGGUCGGACUCGAACUCACCAACGAGCCCAUCAGCUGGGGUAACAACCAGUUCUCCGUCACUCAGUCCUGGGCCCAAGAAGCAUACUCCGCAGUCAAAGCCGAAGUGGCAAACGAGAACCUCGUGAUUGUCAUGCACGAUUCCUUCCAAGGCCCUCUUGCCUGGACAUCCAUCGCCGAAGAACUGAUCAGUGGCGGCGCAAAGAACUUCGGUGUGGAUACGCAUCUGUACCAGGUGUACAGCGACUCAGACAAUUCCCUUACGCAAGAGCAGCACAUCACCGAAGCCUGCGGCUGGGCAGCCAACCUCGCGACCGCCAACGCCAUCAUGCCAACCUAUGUAGGCGAAUGGUCCCCCGCGACCAACAUCUGCGUCAACCCCGACGGCUCGACGACCGCGGGAUACAGCUGCUCGGUCUCGGGGUGCCAGUGCCAAACGGGCGACAUCUCGGGCUGGAACAGCAACAUGAUCGAGCAGGUGCGCCGCUACGUCGAGGCACAGAUGGACGUCUUCGAAUCCAGCACCAGCGGCUACUUCGUGUGGGCGGCCAAGGGCCCCGGCGGCUGGGGCUUCCUGAACGGCCUCCAGAACGGCGCCAUCCCGAACCCCGUCACCAGCCGCAAGUACCCUGGACAGUGC